UUUGAAUAGUGACACAGCGUAGGAAGAUCCCCCACAUUCGCACGAGGAGAGCGCACGUGCUCUCGAGUGGACCAACCAGGCCGCGACCAGGCUGCAUGUCCUGCAAGCCCAAGUACCAAAACCCCCCAUCCAGAAGAAACGAAGCACUGGGAAGCAACCCGUGUCUCCGCCAUUGUCCAAUCCCUUGCUCCCAAUUUUACAGAUCUUGCGGAACAGGCAAUCGCAAACGCAGAACAGUCCAGAGAGUCCAGACACCUCGAUUCUCGAUUGAGCCGACGCCGCAGACAACCCGGCGCCUUUCUCCUCCUCCUAAACAAGACUUUGCGAAGAACGCUCACCCACACAACUCCCGCCCACCUCAACGCUCAACGUCCACGUUCACGUCCGUAUUUGCCACGAUUCUCCAGACAUCGCCUUAUCACACAUCGCCCUACACUCUCUUGACAACCCCCUCUUCUUCUCCGCCGUCCGGCGCCAAUCCUCGAAAACGGAGACAUCAUCGGGCCCCAGUUCAAACACCGCCACUUGCCUGCUCUCUUGCCUCGACCGCAUCUUCUAUCCUCCCUAGUACCAGGCUUGGCGAGGCGGCAUCAGGAUUCACAUACCUAGACGGGUGCAGCGGUAGGCUGUGUGGGCAACCAAAGGCGACCCUGCCGGACCACAAACCUGACACGCGCACACCGUCCAGCCCCUUACACUUUCCGACAAGAGCCAAACUCGAGACCUGCUGAUACGUGAGGAGGAUGGGCAACCAGCCUUCCAAGGAUGCCAAAGAGGCAUCCUCCAAGUCUUCUGGCAAUUCCUUGUCGGCCGACCGAAAUGGUUCCGAUACCUUGCAGUCCUAUCCAUCGUUCAGCAGAUCCGAUACGAAGGAGUCAUCUCGGUCGUUCCGCUCGCUAAGGUCCAAGAUCCCGGGCUCGGGAAAGAGCGAUAAGCGGCAGGUCGGGUCUCUCACGUCCUAGUCGGCACGAGUCUCUGCCAUCCCUAAGUUCCCCCUCAUCGGUCGAUACCC